UCUCCUGGCAGCCAUCAUGAAGGGUACUGUCUCGAUUUGCUGUCUCCUCACCCUGCUGCUUUUGCAGGCCACAGCAGAGGUGGAAGAAUUUGAUUCUGUCCUAAGAGACAGAUCUCAUAUUGAUGAGACGCUGCGGCUUGCAGCUGAGGAAAAAGCAGCAGACUAUGCCGCGGCUAUACAGAAGUUGCGGAAGAUCUACCAUUCGUCCAUCAAACCAAUGGAGCAGGCCUACAAGUACAACGAGCUGAGGCAGCAUGAGAUUUCAGCAUACCCCGGACGAACCCUGGGCGACUCGGCCACAGAUGGAGAGAUUACUUCCAAGCCCAUGGUGCUGUUCCUUGGACCCUGGAGUGUAGGAAAGUCCUCAAUGAUCAAUUACCUCCUGGGCUUGCACGACAGCCCAUAUCAGCUUUACACAGGAGCUGAGCCCACUACCUCUGAGUUUACUGUUAUAAUGCACGGGGAGAAAAUCCGUUCUGUAGAGGGUAUCGUGAUGGCAGCAGAUAGCUCUCGCUCAUUUUCUCCCCUUGAAAAGUUUGGCCAGAACUUCCUGGAAAAGCUCAUCGGCAUCGAGAUGCCUCACAAGCUGCUAGAACGUGUGACUUUUGUGGACACACCGGGAAUCAUAGAGAACCGAAAGCAGCAGGAAAGAGGUUAUCCUUUCAAUGAUGUCUGCCAGUGGUUCAUUGACCGUGCCGAUCUCAUCUUUGUUGUGUUUGACCCAACCAAACUGGAUGUUGGUCUUGAGCUUGAGAUGUUGUUCCGGCAGUUGAAAGGUCGGGAGUCACAGAUCCGCAUCAUCCUAAACAAGGCGGACAAUCUGGCCACGCAGGACUUAAUGAGAGUUUAUGGAGCACUCUUCUGGAGUUUGGCUCCACUUAUUAAUGUGACUGAACCGCCUCGUGUCUACGUCAGCUCCUUCUGGCCAUAUGAUUAUGCCCCAGACACCAGUCGGGAACUCUUCAAGAGAGAGGAAAUCUCCCUCCUGGAAGAUCUUAACCAGGUGAUUGAGAACCGAAUGGAGAACAAGAUCGCCUUCAUCCGCCAACACGCCAUUCGUGUGCGCAUCCAUGCCCUGCUUGUGGACCGUUACGUUCAGACCUUCAAAGAGAAGAUGAGCUUUUUCAGUGACCCAGAACUGGUUUUCCAGGAGAUUGUAGAUGAGCCGGACAAGUUUUACAUUUUCAAAUCAAUUCUAGCCAAGACCAACGUCAGCAAGUUUGACCUACCCAACCGGGAUGCUUACCGUGACUUCUUUGGCAUUAAUCCAAUUGCCAGCUUCAAGUCCCUGGCAUCUCAAUGUUCCUACAUCGGAGGCUGUCUUUUGGAUAAGAUUGAGAAGGCAAUCACCAACGAGCUGCCCGCUCUCCUGAGCAGCAUUAACUCUGGCAAGCAGCCCGGCCUGUCGUCCUGUGAGGUCACUGGUUGUGGUGAGAAGCCAAAGAAUCGCUACCGAAAGAACUGAGGAACAUAAAAUAACUUGUCAGGAGGAAGAAUGGUGACAGAGGAGGUGAAGAGAAAGGGGGCUCUGGUGGGAGCCAGCCCUGCUUUUGUCUGGACAUUUGCAUUGUUGAGGAGAUAUGGUGAGGAUUAAUGUUUGGGGUGGGGGGGGUUGUCCUCCGGAGAAUAAGCUGAUAUGAUAGUGGGAGAAGGAAGCCAUCGUUCGAUACGGCAGCUUAAGGACAAAUAAGAGAAAUGAGAACAUCUCUCUGAUAUCAAAGUAUAUUAAAACAUACACCCUUCUCUCUCUUAUGGCACAAUAUUUCUGGACUAUCUCACACCAAUGGGUUGGGAGGAUACUAAUGCAAGAAAAUGGCUAUCAACAAGUGAGUUGACAUGAAAAAUGAUACCAGUUCCAUUCUAUGUGAAUAAAACAAAAGGUGGAAACAGAUAAAUGUAUUGUAAAAAUAUAUGAAUUGCAUUGCAGCAGGUCAAUUCCAAAUUCUUCAGAGGUUGUUUUUGAAGUAGCCUUUCUUGUGGGUGCUAUGCAAAAGCAUUUAUGUCUAUCUGAUCAAAUGAUUAUCUUUGCAUGUUAGACUUUCCAUUUUUAUCUACCAAUAUGUGUGCUUUUCUUCUGCCAUAAAGAAAAAACCCUCAUGCAACAUCAAACUGUCCACGCAUCAAACAAGGCCUUUUUUCUCUUAGAUUGGUAUGCUCAUCACUCUUGGUUUUUGAUAAUAAAGUAAACAGAGGUCAGGGUUCAAGAGUCUUUGGAGCAGAGAGAGUACGUUCAGCCUGCUACUCUUCUUAAAUAUUUUAUUUUUUAUUUCUGAUUGUUCUGAAUCUUUAACCUGCCAGGUUUUGGUAGAAUUUUAAAAGUUUUUUUAGGCGUAUUUUGCUUCUCAUUUUUGUUGCUGAUUCAUCACAAUGGAAGCUGGAGAAGAUGUGCUUGAGUUGCAGCUGUCUUUUUUACAUUUACUCUACUGUUUUCUCUGCACAUUUAUCUGUUCAUUGUCCUUCGCUGAUCCAAGACCAUUUCAUGUGGGCAGCAGGUUCAAGAGGGGAACCUAAGUUACUUCUUCUAACAUUUUCCAGUUUGUUCCUGUGGGAUCUUAAGGUGAUCUCAGUCCAGAAAGGACAUGCAGUGCUUCCAGUAAGUUUUUGAUCUUCCCCUAAGUCUUCUCCCAAAGAAAACAUCCAAGACCAAUGAGACAUGCUCAAAGAAACAUCCAAAUAAUAUGGUCCAAAGACUACAUCUGACUACUUUCAAUUUAAAGGAGCAGUGACUUGGCUUCCACCACAUGACUGGAUCAACUUUGGACUCUCAACCAUCAUCUAUAACUCAUGAACAUAAGAAGGAGUUAAAAGUAAAAUUGAAAUCUAGAGAUUUGUUUUUUUUUAGCUGACCCAUUUCUUCCAUACCACAGAUUGGAGUAGUGGACACAUUACUGCAGACAAGGGUCCAGUCCAUCUUUCUAACUCCCACUGUGUCUGACCUUCGCUCAGGCCAGACACAGUGUCUCUGUCACUCACAAAAGAGACACAGUGACACUUAAAUCACUCUAUUCAAGGCAAGGAUUGAGCUACAAUCCAAAGCAUGCAAUCAACCUCUUCUUCAGGUCUCAGAUUUAAAGGAGCUGACACUUUUUUUGGCUACCUCACACUUUGCUGCUGACCAGGCCAAUGCACGCUGAAAAUCUAAGCAGAACCAUAUCAUGUGCAAUAAGUACCAUAUCAUGUACAUAUCAUGAAUACCAUAGUAUACAAAUGUCUGAUGCAGGACUGGUGACCAUGAGCCGCACCGGUUAAAUUCAGUAUGUAAUGGAAACAGGAGAAUACAAAAUACUACUUUUGCUUUGGUGAUUUAAGGACUGUGACAGUCCUUACAGGCUUCUGUAUCUACCCAAACUCCCCAUGAUCUCCACAAAACAUUUGAUACAAGCUUUUUAGAGGUCCACAUAGCACAUGUAGACUGGACAACCUAACUCCUAUGACUCAUUUAAAAGCUCUACAAAGGUAAAAAUCUGUUUCUUUCUUCUGCAGUAUUCUACUAAACUCUAAAUGUAGAUUUUCUAAAGUGUUACAAUUUGUGGAGUGAAUUACUUGUAAAAUAGCACAAAACAGGGAAAUGCAAAACUGAAGAUUCAUGAAUUUUCCCCUGACCUCUAUGGAAACGAGAUAGAGUCUAACCUUGUUAUCCCAAAGAACUUUGCAAAACUAUCUUGUUAAAGUACAAAUCCAAAUAGUAACAACCGUCUGAGAUUCAAGCAUAUUAUAUUCUGUUACCAACAGACUUAAUUUAUGUGAAGAGCAAGUAAGACAAACCUAUCUCAUUUGUUAGGAGAGAAAAUCCAUGCUGUUUUAAAAAGCCUUCACAGUCUGUGAAAAACAGUUCUGAGUCCUGCAAGAGCUCUGCACAAAAGGGAGCUGAGUGAGGAGACAGGAACUUCCGACUGACCUCACUAACAUCCUUUAUUGCUUUACACAUCCACACUUUGAAGCAUGAUGCAAAGAACAUCAAAAAUCAAGCUCGAACAAACCCGUUUUCCCAACUCUGUUCACAAGUGAGUGCUCUGGACGUUGUCUUUGUGCUGCAAAGGCGGAACAUGGCCGCCAGAGGGUGCUGUUUAAAAAACCCCAAGAGAAACAGCCUUGUGAACUGCGCGCGGUUUAAGACAAAAACUGGUUGUGCCUCUGAUCUAUUUCAGUGUCAGUUUUAUUCACCUUUUAGAUGAUGAAUGGAUGUGUGUCCUGUCGAAUAUAGUUGACGUUUCGGCCUUUCGUAUAACACUGAUGUUAUCACUGGCCCAAGUUGUGGAUGUUUGUCAGAAAAGAAUAAAAAAAUAUUUGAUUGA